CUCUGCACCCCUUUUUGCUUUGACAUCAGCUGUUCUGCCUUCAGAACAGUGGCAUCCUGCUGGAGGAGACAGAAGAGCGCACAUCCGCGGCACAAUGUUGCUUUUAUUAAUUAUCGCGGGUCUCGGAGUAGUGACGUUACUGGUGAUUUUAUUUGCACCACAUAUAAGAAAAUAUGCAGCAGGAGGAGUGUGCACGUCCACAGCUCGUCUGGAUGGGAAGACAGUCCUCAUCACUGGAGCCAACACAGGGAUUGGGAAGGAGACUGCCCGGGACUUGGCAAUGCGAGGGGCCUGGGUGAUCAUGGCGUGCCGAGAUGUGGAAAAGGGCGAGGAGGCUGCGGCCAGUAUACGAGCCGAGUACCCCAAAGCGCAAGUGGAGGUUCGAGAGCUCGAUUUGGCAGAUACCUGCUCUAUACGUGCCUUUGCGCAGAAAUUCCUGAGAGAGGUCAACAACCUUCAUAUCCUCAUCAACAACGCUGGAGUGAUGAUGUGCCCUUACACAAAAACCACUGAUGGUUUUGAGAUGCAUAUCGGAGUCAAUCACUUGGGUCACUUCCUGUUGACAUCUCUCCUGAUCGGGCUGCUGAAACGAAGUGCCCCGGCCCGAAUCAUUGUGGUCUCCUCUCUGGCGCACAACUUUGGCUGGGUCCGCUUCCAUGACCUUCACAGCCAGGGCAGCUACAACAGCGGAUUAGCAUACUGCCAGAGCAAACUGGCAAAUGUGCUGUUUGCCAGAGAGUUGGCCCGAAGACUCAAAGGUACCAAUGUGACAGUGAACUCAGUCCAUCCGGGGACAGUGAACACUGACCUGGUCAGACACUCAACUCUCAUGACGAUAUUCAUUACUUUCCUCUCCAUGUUCGUAAAAACCCCGAGAGAAGGAGCACAGACCACCAUCUACUGUGCUGUAGCAGAGGAGCUGCACUCUGUCUCUGGGAAACAUUUCAGUGACUGCGCCCCUGCCUUUGUAGCCCCACAGGGAAGAAGCGAGGAUACGGCGAGGAGGCUGUGGGACGUCAGCUGUGAGCUUCUUGGCAUUGAGUGGGACUGAUUUAACUUUCAACCAUCAUCUAUCUCAGUUCUCUAAGGAAUCCUUAUCCUUUCUGUUAAUAUUCAUUUCAUUUGUUUCAUUAUGGUUUUGAUGUUCUGUAUUUUGAAUGAUUCUUACCUAAUAGGCAGUCAGGUAAUUAUGUAAGAGGUACUAUAUAAUGUGAAGUUGCUUUUUUGUGUAAUGAUGCAGUAAUUACAUUAUAAUAACUUGGGUGUUUUGAUGCUCUACAGCAGCUCCACAACCCAAAACCACUCAACUGUAUUAUCAUGUAAACAAAUAGCUUUUUGACUCUAUAUUUUUGUGACACAGCGUGACUACAGUGUAGGCAAAAAAGCAACUUGAUGUAUUGUAAUGCUGUAGGAUACUGUGAGGGGUCAAGCCAGGGUAAAAGACCAGCAUCUUUAUCCAAUAGUGUGUUUUUUGAUUUCACCAGAAUUUGCAGCUAAAUUGCUUGACUUUUGUGCCAGCAUUUCUAAACAAUUGCAGGGUUUCUUACAGUGUUUCCAGGUUGAUUAAAAAAAAAUUAGUAAACUAUCGAAGAUCAGCGUCCAUCUGAGCCACGAUUACUGCUUGAAAUGCAUAAAUGUAUUUUGUGAUAACUGUAGUACAUGAGGAAGUUUUUCUAUUUAAACCAAAUCAGAGUUAGAAUCAUGUCAGUGCAAUAUUUGCAGAGGUUUUUUUCCAUUUGCAUUGCCAAAAACUGCACAUUCCUGGAGGAACUACAGUUUUGCAUUUAUAAGGAUCUCCCGACUCAUGUUUCCUUCUCAGCAUUCACAAACAAGGUUGCCAAGAGUUUACAUUCUGUGUUUUAUACGAGUGAAACAUGCCUUUUACUACACUUACAUUCAUGUUAAGAGUUGAAUGUUUACAUUUGAUGUAAAUAAACAGAAAUAUUACUAUAAA